AUGAUUAUGUCAGAUUCCCGUUCCCAGGAUUUGUUCAACGUGGGUCCACUUCUACCGGGUGAAUUAAGACCGGCUGACCGAGAUCUGAUGCGGAUGCUGCAGACAGAAUACUUCCCGAUGGAAAUAGAUGCGUUGUUGAAGGCGGAGAAACCCGAUCCCAACCAGGUGCCGGAGGCCAGUGGUCUGAAGCGGUUGAUGCAGUUCAUUCACGAUGAGGUAAUGAAGGUCAGUGGGGAGCUUGCUCCUACUCUUUGA